UGCUGUUUAUGACUGUUAAUCUGCUGUUCAAGCAGACUCUAGAAAUAUUCAGUUAAACACAUACUUAGCAGCAGUAAUUUACAGCAGUCAGGGUACAGAUUGCAUAAGGUGGACGAAUUCUCACCAGAAACUGAAAAUAGGAGAAGAAGGGAAAACAAUGAUUUUGAUUAUAUUCAUCAGCUUUCUGAGUUUGAGCUCCACCCUUGAGGGUAGCUUGCUGCGUCAAGCUCUAACCUCGGAUGUGGAAAAUACUUUGAGAAAAGACGACUUUCAACAAAUUAAUAGUUUUGAAAAUGUGAGAGAGGAUAUUUCCAAAUUUUUUUGGAAAUAUGUAAAACAGUCUGAAGAAUCCAGUCCAGUUUCCAAGGAGUUCAAUGAAUCCAAGAAGUCCAAUGAAUCCAAGGAGUCCAAUGAAUCCAAGAAGUCCAAUGAAUCCAAGGAGUCCAAUGAAUCUAAAAGUGCUGAAGAUCAGGACUGGAGUUGGCUUGAAGAUAAGGUUGUUCCAAAACAAUCAAUCAAAUCCAAAUCUUCUGUAGAUAAGGUUGAAAAUCAGAUGGAGGACUUGAAACCCAAAGUAUUUGAUAUUGAUACAAAUGAACUUAGGAAAGUUUCUGAUCAUAACAAUGCUAUUUCAGAAGACUCAAUUGAUUCCAAGGCUGAUAUUGAUGUGUCCGUUGAAAAAAAGCUGGAUACAGCUUCCAAAGUAGCGCUGAAAACAGAUACGGACGAGAAUCUUGAAAUUAUCCGCGGGGAAAAUUUGAACAAAGCUCCUAAAAAUUACUUGAAUGAUGAUUCUCAACAAGCCAUUAAUAAUUUUGAGAGUGAGCCGGUUUCCGAUUCAAAAGUAGACGAAAUCAAAUCGUUUAAAGAAGAUACUUCAGAAGAUAAAGCUUUAAAUGAGAAUCUGAAUGAAGUUGAGAAGAUGGAAGUAAAUGAAUCUGGAAAUAUUGUGUCUGAUGAAGCUCUGAAAUGGUUCUUCGAUGAAUGCAGAUCAUAUUGUUCUUCAACAUUCUUAGAUAAUGCUGCCUGUAAUCAAGGUUGUAACCUAUUCUACCUCAGCUUUAGCGACAACCAGGUUCAAUAUCCAGCUAGAAGUAAACAGGACUCUAUAGAUGAGGCAAACCAUUACUGCAAUCAAGGAUGCUCCGGGAUAGAACAAGAUCUGGAGUGCAGUCAAGGGUGCAGUAUCAUGAUUAACUAUCUAUCUAUCCAACCAAAUACAGAUGAUAAGAACGAUGAAAUUGAUCUAACUGAAACUGAACCUGAGAUACAAGAAAACUCAAUCCCGGAAUUUUACAUUGUAAGUGAUCAGAGUGCUGAUGAAUCUUCUGAAGUUGAAAUAGGAAACCUUUUCGACUUUCUCAUGUGGAUGAGAUAUUUGCAGAUGAUAAACUAUCAGAACAAAGGAGGUCUAAUGAAUGACAGGGAUGAGAUGAAUAUACCUGAUAAAUUAUUUGAAACACAAUAUUCUGCUUCCCAGCUUGUUCAAGAUACACAUGAUACACUAGUCUUAGCAAAGGACAAGGUUAAAACAGCAUUCAGAAACUUUGACUUCCAAACCUUUAUUUUAAUCGUUAUGUUAGGUUUCAGUCUGAGUUCUCUUCUAACUGGUCUUCUUGAAUGUUUAUUUUGUAAGAAAACUCCUAAACCUAUUCAGUAUACUGACGAUUACUAUACCCUGAAGAAGGAGCCCUACAACCCUGUUCUACCAACGUAUGAGGAGGUCGUCUUCUUAGACAAGAAUGACUUAGCAAACAUCCACCUCAAUGAUGAAGUUGAAGUGAGUAAGAAGGUGUAAACCAUCAUUUAUCCACUAUCCAACAUAUUUAAUCAUUUUGUGAUUUGGUUUCAGAAUUUAAUAACAAUAAAAGAUUUUUUAAACAUCA